UGCAUCUCAGCGACCGUCAGAAACUCCAGAACGACCAAAAAGCUUCAUAGGAACAGAAGGCAGCGGGAAGAUGAGUUCUGCUCAGAGUCUGGAGAACAAACUGGAGGCACUGCAGUGCAAUUUCACUUGGAACCUCGAUCCUGGAAGUCACAGACUUACUGUUAUACAGAGUAUUGUGGAGGACAUCGGCACAGAGGAGGGAAACGUCUGGCUGGGUCACAUCUACAACCUGAGGGGAUUCCUCCAGUAUAAGCUGGGCUCCUCUGAAGAGGCCCUGAAGUUCUUCAGACGAGCCACUGAGACCUUCCAGCUUCUUAAAAACUCAGAUGAAGGUCCCUGGUUGAUGGUGAACUUUGGGAAUCUGGCUUGGCUGCACCAUCUUAUGGGUGAAGAUGAGAGGAGUCAGGAUUACUUAUCAAAAGCUGAAGCUCUGAUGAGUAAAUACCCGGCUCCACUUAAAGAAGAGCUCCACCCAGAGGUCUGUGCUGAGAAGGCCUGGACCCUGAUGAGGUUUGACAAAGAGAAGGCUGCCGAGCUCUUCCAGAGAGCCAUAGAAAUGCAGCCAAUCAAAGAAUGGCAGAGCAGCUGGGCCAUAUUAAAGGCAGAAGCCCACAAAAGAAACAUGAAAGACAUGACUUCUGACGUCUUUGAGAGAAUGAAAUCUGCUACAGAAGGAGAUCCAGAAAACUUAUAUGUUGCUGCUCUUUAUCUGGAGGCACGAGCUGCAAAAGGAGAACAAAUCCAGAAUGAAGCUCAAGCAUUGGCUGAAAGGGUACUAAAGAGGUCUCCAAGCAGUUACAAUGGAAUGAGACCAUUACUGCGUCUUUACAGGAAAUAUAUAUCUAAAGAUGCAGAACUUGAAUUAGCUGAAGAAGCCCUGAAGAGACAUCCUGGCUCACGUUAUUUAAAGAGAUUUGUUGCCUCCUGUUUGACGAUAAAGAUCCUUUUUUCAGACUACAAUCCUCCAGACAGAGAAAUCAAUAGAGCAAUCAAACUUCAGAGGGAAGUGAUUGAUUCUUAUGGUGAAUCUAAUCCUAGAGAUAAAAUAAAUUUAGCAAAGUUAUUAGCAAAGGCAGGCAAGCCGGAAGCUAAUAAGAUUUAUAAAGAGCUACUGGAUAGAAAAGACCUGGAUUUAGCAAAAAAACAGAUGCUUUACAAUUCUUAUGCAAAAUAUUCAUUCUUCAAUAAGAAGGAUAGUCGCGGUUCUAUAAAGUACCACAUGAUGGCAGCAGAGAUCCCAAUAGAAUCCAAGUAUCGCGAGACAAGCGUCACAGAGCUAAAGAAGACCUUGUACAGAAUCAAAGACCAUGAAAUUUGUGAACGGAUCAAAAAGCUUCUGACUGGCCUGGAAAAUCAGCCUGAAACACAGAAUCAGUGAAUUCUAGAAAAGUAUCUGAGAGCGCAGACCUCUGCAAGCAG